AUGAGUUUAAAUUCAUUUGAUGAGUUAUUAAAUAAUGUUUAUCGUCUUACUGAACAAGAUGAUUAUGAUGGUAUGGCUGCUAAUAGACAAAUUAUUGAAAAUUAUUUAAUUAAUAAUAGAUAUAGUUAUGCUUUACAAAGUAUAUUUCAACAAUUAAAAAAUCGUUCAUUUACAACAUCUGAGGUACAAUUUAAUCAAGAUAUGAUUAUAAAAAAUAAAGUAUUAGAUAAUAAAAUAGAACAAAUAUGUUUUAAUCAAAGAAAUUGUGCCUUUUCAGAUGAUCAGUAUGAUCGUUCAUUAGCAAAUAAAAAUAUUGAAUUGGUUAAUCAUUAUACAAAUAUAUCAAAUAAUUUUGAGAAUGAUGCACAAAAAUUAAGGAUUACACUUCAAGAAACUUUAAAUGCUCAAUCAUAUAUAAGACCUAUAACUGAAAAUGAUAAAUGUAAAGCAUUUAAUAAUAUUGAAAAAAAAAUAUCUAUUAAUAGUGGUUUAUUAAAAGAAGAAUUAUUAAAUUAUUUAAUGUAUAUAAAUGUUCAACAUAAUAAAAAACGUGGAAGAAGAAAUUUUUCUAAAGAAGCAACAGCAAUACUUGAAAAAUAUUUUAGUGAACAUAUAGAUAGACCAUAUCCUGAUGAGCAUGAUAAAUUAUUACUUGCAGAAAAAUGUAAUUUAACUACAACACAAAUAACUAAUUGGUUUGGUAAUAAACGUAUAAGAUGUAUGAGGAAAAAAAAAAUUACUAAUGAAAAAGAAUAA